UGUAAUUAGCGGGGGUUGUAAACCUCCACAACCUUAAGAUACUCGAUGUGGUUUUCUCGAUGUUGAUUUGAAAUUUGUUCGAAAUUUGAAACUUGUUUUCUGCUUUGAUUUUGAUUUUAGUUUUCUACUUUGAUUUUACUUUUCUGCUUCGAUUUUACUUCAAAUUUAGAACGAAGCUUCGAUUUUGAACGAAGCUUUAGGUUUGUGUUUACUUUGAUUUUAGUUUUAUGUUUAGAUUCUACUUCGAUCUUAGAUUUCUGCUUCAUCACAGAGUAUUUCCGGACUAGGCUUCGGGUGAAGCUAUUGCAUUGUUACCCCUAUGAAAAUAGUCCUAAUUGCACGUGUUGGUUUCGGUGAACUGAAGAUGGGAAAAGGAAAAUUCUUUUUGGCUAUAGCUUCAGUUUUGAUCACUGUUUUUGACAGCAGAAGUAGUUAAAGUUUUUUUUUUUUUUUUUUUUUAAUUUUCCUAUUUCUAAUGGAAACUUUUUUCUUUUCAAUGAAAGAUUCACAAGGAAAUACCAAAAAGCUCAAAGUGAAGAAAACAGAAGUGUUAAAUUUACCUCAGGGGGAACGUAUUGUGGUUCCAUUUCAUUUCCUGGAUCCAAUAGACGAAGCACAGGGCGUUCUCGCAGGCUUUUGUGGUAUUUUAGCAACUGACUGUUCCAUAUUUCCAAUUAGCUUUGAUAAAUGGCCGGAUAUGCCUCAAUCAUAUUUCAACGACUGCUUUGAUAACAUUAUAAAGCCCCACUUUCAUUUUAUGACAACUGAGGAUGUUUCACGGUUAUAUGCUUAUCGCUCUAUUGAAAAGAAAUGGGCUGGAAAUAGGCGGCCUUGUGGAAUGAGUUCAAAGACCCACUUAAGACCAAAGAUGAGAUCAGGAAUAAUGUUCCAGAAGAAAAUGUGUAAAACAAAUGCCGAAAAUCGAAAAAAGCAAACAGUUCCACACACCGGUGGCUCAAAACCGAACUCUAGAAGAAGGGCUGAAAUGUUUGCUGAGACAGGGAGAAGGCCUGGACGAGCACAACUCUAUCUUGCUACACACAAGAAACAAGAUGGAUCAUAUGUAAAUGAGGAGGCAAAAGAAAUAUGUGAAAAAAUUCAGCUAGCAACGAGUCAAAGUACCAUGGAUGAGUCUGAAAUUUCUCCCAAUGAUGCUGUGGGUAAGGUGCUAGGAAAAGAGCAUUCUGGGAGGGUAAGAUGUUUUGGAUUAGGAGCUACUCCAAGUACUCAUUUUAAACAAACAAAACCUCGUGUUGGUGGUAUUAGAAUUCCAAGUAACGAUGCUGGAUGUUCUUCUUUCGGAUGCCAAGACAAGUAUGAUAAAUUGUUGAAUACUCUCAAAGCCUACAUGAUAAUGAAGGAAGGGUCAAUACCAGAACAGUUUGCUGGGAUCUUUGGUUCUCCUCCUAUAACGCCGAGUGACGCAGAUAGCAGCUAGCGGACCCAUGGAUGCAAGAAGAUUUCUAGCUCUAGUAAUCCCGUAAUAUGAUUAGUUGACUAAAGUGGAUUUGUGACAAUUUGGGUGAUGACAUUUACUUAGUAUUUUGUGUGGUUAAUAGAAUGUUGAUAUUCUGAUUUUAAGUUUUAAAUAUAUUCAGGUUUUAAGUGGAUUUGUGACAAUUUGGGUGAUGACAUUUACUUAUCUGAGUAUUUUGUAUGGUUAGUGGAAUGUUGACAUUUUGGUU